AUGGCCACUCAAGCUUCCACUGAGGAUAAACGUAGUCGCUCUCCCGAUCCGGAUAGCCAUGCGCUGAACUCGUAUGAUCAAUCGACAGCCGAAAGCGAAUGGGUCGAUGAGGAUGAAAAUGACGACAUUGACUUUGAGUUGGGCUCCGAUGAAAGCGAGGAGAACAAUUUCUUCGAACCGAAUGAAGAAGCCGAGUUAGAUUUCUAUGACGCCGAUAACGGCGAGGAUGCUGUUGAAAUUGAACCUUCAAACACAAAUAGUACAGAUCAGUCAAUAGAGGACAUGCAAGUCACAGAGGCAGAAGAAGAGUCAACAACAGACGCACCAACAACUGAAGGUAGACGGCGCAUAUCAAGUAGGGUUCCCACGCAGAUAUUCCAAUUGUUGGGACGCCGUGGACUACAACAAUUGCUAGCGUCGCGUCAGACUGGCGACUCUGGCCCGUUGUUCCUUACUGACAGCGACGAGACUGUUAGAGAUCAGCGCAUGGAGAGGGAGAGUCGGCGAAAAAUCCAGGAUAAGCGAGUAAGGAGGGCCAAGCGUCCUCAAGUUCCGAAUGAAGAUGGAAGGAAGCUUAUGGAUCAUGGGGUUUUUGGGGGAAAACAAAGGUUAGCGCAUAAGCUCAUGCAUCGCGAGCUUGGCUUGAACGCUCCGAAAAUCAACGUUUCAGCAAGCGAUGUCGCUCAGGUCUGUCACAUGUUUACUGCGUGGAAAUACUACAAGACAGUCAUCUAUCCUUACGGGCAAUGGACCAUCACCGAUGCGACUCUGAGUCCAGACAAUCGUUAUCUAGCAUACAGUUCUAUUCGAAAUUUUUCUGAUACUGGGGAGGCAUCAAGGCGAGGUUGGAGACAGGGUUGGCACGGUUAUAGUCAUUUUGGCAUUUGGUCCAUCCGCUUCUCUGGUGAUGGAAGGGAAAUCGUAGCUGGAACAUCUGGGCCUUCAGUGUGUGUUUACGACAUAGAGCGGCGGCAAUCAAUAAUCAAUAUAGAGAAUGGGCACUCCGAGGAUGUCAAUGCCGUGUGUUUUGGAGACAAAAACUCCCCGCACAUCCUCUAUUCUGGCUCUGACGACACGCUGAUAAAGGUCUGGGAUCGAAGGAGUCUCGGCGAUGGCCGGGAAGCUGGUGUCUUUAUGGGCCAUACCGAAGGUCUCACAUAUGUUGACAGUAGGGGGGAUGGAAGGUAUGUGCUCAGCAACGGCAAGGACCAAUCGAUGAAAUUGUGGGACCUCCGAAAAAUGAUGUCGACGCAUGAGGCUCGUGACAUAAAUCCAGCGCGUUAUACGACAGGAUUCGACUACCGCUUUAUGACCUACUCCCUGGAUCAGUAUACCCCGCACCCGCAUGAUCGUUCGCUUGUCACUUUCAGAGGGCAUAGCGUCUUGAAAACGCUUAUAAGAUGUCACUUCUCACCACCCGGUAGCACUAAUUCAAGAUACGUCUAUUCUGGCAGCGAAGAUGGAAGCGUCUACGUGUAUAAUAUAGACGCCACACUUGCAGGCAAAAUAGACGUCAAUAGAGCGACGAGGGAUUCGAGACCGAGGGACCCCGAUGCGACGAACAAUUAUUAUAUAGACGACAGACGGGACAGAAACUCGUGGAAGACGUGUGUCAGGGAUGCUAGCUGGCAUCCUAAUGCCCCGAUAGUUGCAGCUACCUCGUGGAACGGCUGGGGCAUGUCGACUGGAACCUGCUCGAUACAUAGCUGGAACGAUGGUGCUGAGGAAGACGAAGGAAGCCCAAGAAUGGGACAAAGUGUAGAUCAAAGACUCGUGCCUGAUGAAGAGGAAGAGGAAAACAAGACGGUAGCUAGGCCAAGAGGGACCUUGAGCGAAUGGGGACACAGAUUAAGAAGUCGAAGAGUGACCGCGGCGAAUGACAACGAUAAUGAUGAGGUCGGGUGGUAA